GCACAUCCGAAAGACUUCCAUCGGUAUUCGGAAGUCGUCUCCCGCUGUGGCUGGCCUGGAGCGAUUAGCCCUAGGUACGAGGCCGGGAGGUACCUAACCUACCUAAGGUACCUCCCCCUUAUGAGUAAAGCCACCGAGCAGGUGGUGAGUGGAGGCAGAAUACGGGCAAGAUUUGACACGCCCCCGCCGUCUUCGAUAGGUACCUACCUCUACCCAGUAGAUAAAUGCAGGCCUCUCUUAGAAGGCCCAGAGCGGUAUACUGAGCACCUAUGCUAGGUGGCGCAGGUACCUAGCCUGCCUGGAUUCGGGGCUGCCCAUGCGCUAACAUCGCUAUUUGCCUACGUACCUAGGUAUCUGGAGACAGACCUUGACACAUCAGAGAACGGUAUACUGGCAAAUCAUGUCUUUGACGAGUGCGUCGCCUUUAGAAGCUGCGAAGGCAGCCAAACAGGCAUCUCACGUCCUCGCUACCCUGCCCGUGUCUGCCAGAAACGAUGCCUUAACCGCCGUCCACGCCGCCCUGGCCGCGGCCAAGGACGAGAUCCUCUCGGCGAACGCCCGUGAUCUCGAAGCGGCACGCCUGGCCGCUGAGCACGGCGAACUCAGCCAGAGUUUGGUGUCUAGGCUGGACCUCGGCAAGAAAGGGAAAUGGGAGGAUAUGUUGAAAGGAAUACUGGAUGUUCGAGAUCUCGAGGAUCCCGUGGGCAAAAUCACGCUGAGGACAAAGCUGGACGACGGGCUUGAGUUGACAAGGGUCACCUGCCCCAUCGGUGUGCUCCUCAUCAUCUUUGAGGCUCGCCCCGAGGUCAUUGCCAACAUCGCCUCUCUCGCAGUCAAGUCAGGCAAUGCUGCUAUCCUAAAGGGCGGCAAGGAGUCAACCGAAUCUUUCAUCGCCAUCUCCAAGGUCAUAUCCGCAGCUCUGGCCGCCACUGAUGUUCCCAACGGUGCUAUCCAGCUCGUCACCACCAGAGACGUGAUACCGCAGCUGCUGGAUUUGGACCAAUAUAUCGACCUGGUGAUCCCACGGGGUUCUAACGAGCUCGUCCGAUAUAUCAAGUCGUCCACCAAGAUUCCCGUACUCGGCCACGCGGACGGCCUGUGCUCGAUAUUCCUCGAGCAGUCGGCGGAUCCCCAGAUGGCAGCCGACGUAAUAGUCGACUCCAAAACCAGUUAUCCGGCCGCGUGCAAUAGCCUAGAGACGCUACUAGUCCAGGAGGCUGCCCUGGACGCCCUUCUCCCGCCUGUAGCGCAGGCGCUGAUAGCAAAAGGGGUUGUUCUUCGGUGCGACUCCCGGGUUAAAGCGGCGCUCGCCGGCAGGCUGUCUCCCGAGCUUGCCGCGAAACUUGAAAACGCCAGCGACGCCGACUUCGAUACCGAGUUCCUCAGUCUCACGCUGGCCGUCAAGGCGGUCUCGAAUAUCCACGAAGCCAUCGGCCACAUCAACACCCACGGCUCCAAGCACACAGACGCGAUCUUGACCCAGUCUUCCGAACUUGCCGAACUGUUCAUGUCUAGCGUGGACGCGGCAGGCGUGUACUGGAACGCCUCGACCCGCUUCGCCGAUGGUAUGAGGUACGGGUUCGGCACCGAGGUCGGCAUCAGCACUAAUAAAAUUCACUCGCGCGGCCCCGUGGGCUUGGAAGGCCUGAUGAUUUACAAGUACCAGAUUCGUGGGCAGGGUCACGUCACCGCCGUAUACGGCGAGGGCGAGGGCAAGAAGAGGUUUAAGCACGAGAAGCUUGCAUUAUAGACUAGUUGGGAUGGCGGCGUUUGGUUAAGCAUGGAGUAUGCGAAUGAAAAAAAAGCGGCUGGAGGGUUGGCUUGUGUGUCUACAUGAGAACGUGGAACAAGGGAGAUUCGCAACCUGUUGGGCGAUUAUACCUUCAUACUUCAGUACUUCCUAGGUGCCCGUUACUUACCCUAAAUAUUACGCCCCCAUUCGCGUUAAUAGGUGCACGACAUUACAAUUACUACGGUGGUCGCCUACCUAUAGCUCUGGGCAACAUGAGUCUUAAGAUAGAACUUUCAGUUUUCACGCCUACCCCUUUUCGUACGCACCAGGGUAGAGGCAAUGCUGGAG